CAAAUAGCAAAGCAGUUCUUGUUGAGAAAACACUGGGUUCUGAGCUCAUUUCUACAGGAAAGCAAGUCUUGGUCCAGAGGCUCAGAGAACCUGCUUCAGAGCCACCCUACUGGCUCAGACUUCUGGUUUGACAAGACGAAGCCCAGGGCACUAUGGCAACCUAUGUUCUGCAGAUCGCUGGACUGGUGCUCGGUGGCAUUGGCAUGGUGGGCACAGUGGCUGUCACUAUCAUGCCUCAGUGGAGAGUGUCUGCCUUCAUCGGGAGCAACAUUGUGGUGUUUGAGAACCUCUGGGAAGGACUGUGGAUGAACUGCAUGAGGCACGCCAACAUCAGGAUGCAGUGCAAAGUCUACGACUCCCUGCUGGCUCUUUCCCCCGAUCUGCAGGCAUCCCGGGGCUUGAUGUGCGCUGCCUCGGUGCUGUCCUUCCUGGCUUUCAUGACAGCCAUCCUGGGCAUGAAGUGUACCAGGUGCACUGGGGAUGAUGACGAGGUGAAGAGCCGCAUCCUGCUGACAGCUGGCAUCACCUUCAUCAUCACGGGCCUGGUGGUGCUCAUCCCCGUCAGCUGGGUGGCCAAUACCAUCAUCAGAGACUUCUACAAUCCCAUAGUGGACAUGGCCCAAAAACGGGAACUUGGAGAGGCCCUCUAUAUCGGCUGGACCACGGCCCUGGUGCUGCUGGCAGGGGGAGCGCUGUUCUGUUGUGUCUUUUGCUGCACUGAAAAGAGCAGCAGCGGCAGAUACUCAGUCCCGUCUCAUCGCACAACCCAGAGGGGUUUCCACCUGGAGAAGAGGUCGCCGAGCAUAUACUCCAAAAGCCAGUAUGUGUAGAUGUCCACAUGAGUCAACGCCUCCCGCGAGGUUACUGCGCCAACCAUGGAGACAUCCACGGGGUUCGAACAGAGCCAAAGAACAUCACAGUGCCAUUCUCCCUGCACAGCACUGAUGGAGGGAGGGAGGCACCAUCUACUUAGGAUUUCAUACACCCUUUCAGCAGAAAGAGGUAUUGCAGACACUGCUUUGAUGGUGCUAGGACGUAAGGUAAUUUUUUUUCUUUUUCUAAUGUUCCUGCAGCUCCUCAUUUUACCUGUUGCUUUAGAAUGGAAGAGCUAAAGACAGUUAGCUCAAGCCCUGGUUUCUCUGUCAUAGCAUUUUAUAUGGUGAUGAGUGUGGCUUUUAUAUCUCACCUAAAUGGAGACAAGCCUAUGUGGUUCUAUUUAAAGUGAAAUUCAAAUCCAUUACACUGAAGACACAGAAAUCAACUAUUACUUUUCAGGGGAACCAGGUAUUGAAGAAGACUGAUAUUAAUUGCUUAACAGCAGCUUAAGGAGGAAUGUACUCCGUUUAUAAUUAGGGUUAAAAUAAAGGCUUUAAUCAUCAGUGUAAAGGAAACUAAAUUGCUUUUUGAUAUCCUGCUUUUUCAGCCCCUAGGAGUUAAAAGACCUAAUUCCUUUAUUCCCUUCCCCUGGAGGCCAUUCUUUUCUUGUAUAUUUAAUUAACAUCUUUUAAAAAAUAGAUAUUUUGUCAAGAGAUUUUUCCUUUUCAAAUGACUUUGCCAGGGUGGUGUUAAGAGGAGAGAUAUUUAUGAGGUUGAAGAAAAAUUAAUCAUUUCAGGAAAGUAAAUUUAUCUUAGCUUUUAUGUUUGGAGAAGGGUGGUAUAUAUAUAUAUAUAUAUGUCAUGAUAACUUUUGGAAUGUAGUCUUUGUAAUGUUAUCAAUAUAAAAGACAAAGAGUAAAUUAAUAUGUUUUGGUUUUAAUUUUCUUACCAAAAGGGGAAAGAAAACUCUGUGAAAGUAGUCCUUUCAAACUUUAUCCUGCCCCUGAAUUAUGUUGUCUUUCCAUUUCUGUCAAACAUGAAUUUCCUUACUUGUUCUAUUUUUGCUGUUUCACCAAAGUGUACUAAUGUUUUUCUGCCAAAUUUGAUGCAAAUAUCUUCUCACUUGCCAGUUUGUAUCUAUAUGUGUCUAUGUGAAAUGACUAUGUGUUUUAUAUGUUUUGUAUAUAUUGUAUUAAAAAGUGUAGCCCUUUAUAAUUAUCUACUAUUCUCUCAAUGUUCUUUUUUCUGUUUUAUAACUUUGUAAGUAUUUUCAAAGAAUUCAUGUUGUUAGUUUUGUAGUUUAAUGAUAGAUUCU